AUGGAGUCCUCCCCCUCCACCCUCCUCAAACUCCUCCUCCCCAAGACACCCUUCAUCUUCAAAACAGCCCUCUGGCACACCCUCUCCAUAUCCCCCACCUCUUCAAAAUGGGAUCUCAGGACCGAAAUCACAAUCAACAUCCUCCGCGACCUAAUCGGCCCAAACAGUACCCCCCAGCCCAUUUCCAAACUCCAGCGUCUGACGUGCAGAGACGGCGGUGUAAAGGGUAAAGUCUGGGUUUCAAAGGUAAACCUGGAUCCCACGCCUGAAGACGACGUCCGGCAGCUGCUCUUCAGUGCAAUCGACGACUUGGGCACGGGCGAGGAGGUCUGGACGAAGCCGGAAAACGCGGCUCUGGAGGCAGAAUGGAAUGGCUAUCGUAGUGGUGUAGACGACGACACGCCCGAGCCCUGUGACCUUGGUGAAGGGGAAAAAUACGCACGCCUUGUGGCGGAGACGUCGAGUCCAGUCACGGUCCUGUAUUUCCACGGCGGAGCCAUGUAUCUCCUCGACCCGGCUACGUACCGCCCAACCACCUCGCGCAUUGCAAAGGAUACAGGUGGCCGCGUCUUCAACGUCCGCAUACCUCAGCCUCUUGUACCCGCCGCCCGGCUCUCCCCACACGCCCAUUUCCAGCAGUGA